AUGGAGGUAAAGCUCUUGGUGAGAAAGGGGCUCCUUGGGGGGACGCGGGAGCCAGGCCUGGGCAGCAGCACCACCUUGCAGGGCGCCGAGUGUCUGCUGAGGGCGACGGGCCUGCUGACCGCCACCGGCUUACUGACCACGACGGGCCUGCUGACCGUCACCGGCUUCAUGACGGGCACGUGUUUCGUGACGGUCACAAGCUUUGUCAUCGGCACGGGCCUGGCGACCGGCACGGGCCUGCUGGCCGAGACGGGCUUGCUGAUGCCGAUGGGCCUGCUGACCCCCACGGGCCGGCCGAUGGUGACGGGCCGGCUGACCGGCCCGGGCUUGGGAGUGGGCAGGGGCCGGUCCACGUGGUUCCACGCGCGGUGCUUCUCCAGCUGGGUCUUGGAGGAGAAGGCGGCCUCGCAGCAGGGCGCCACGGGCUUUACCACCCGCUCGGACAUCGGGCCUGCCCGGGACGCCAACGACCCCGUGGAUGACCGCCACGCGCCGCCCGGCAAGAGGACCGUGGGGGACCAGAUGAAGAAGAGCCAGGCCGCUGACGACGACGACGAGGACCUGAACGACACCAACUACGACGAGUUCAACGGCUACGCCGGGAGCCUGUUCUCCAGCGGGCCCUACGAGAAGGACGACGAGGAGGCCGACGCCAUCUACGCGGCCCUGGACAAGAGGAUGGACGAGAGGAGGAAGGAGCGGAGGUGAGCGGCUCGCUGGAGCCGCCCCGGGUGACGAGCGGGCUGGCCCUCGCAGAGGAAGCUGGCGGAGGUGACAGAGGAGGAGUGGCUGAGCAUCCCCGAGGUCGGCGACGCCAGGAACAAGCGCCAGCGGGCCCCGCGCUACGAGAAGCUGACCCCUGUGCCCGACAGCUUCUUCGCCAAGCACCUGCAGACCGGAGAGAACCACACGUCGGUGGACCCCCGGCAGACGCAAUUUGGAGGUCUCAACACGCCCUACCCGGGGGGGCUGAACACGCCCUACCCGGGGGGCAUGACCCCCGGUCUGAUGACGCCCGGCACGGGGGAGCUGGACAUGAGGAAGAUCGGCCAGGCCAGGAACACGCUGAUGGACAUGCGGCUGAGCCAGGUGUCGGACUCGGUGAGCGGGCAGACGGUGGUCGACCCCAAGGGCUACCUGACAGACCUCAACUCCAUGAUCCCCACCCACGGGGGCGACAUCAACGACAUCAAGAAGGCGCGGCUGCUCCUCAAGUCUGUCCGGGAGACGAACCCGCAUCACCCGCCGGCCUGGAUCGCCUCGGCGCGCCUGGAGGAGGUGACGGGGAAGCUGCAGGUGGCGCGCAACCUCAUCAUGAAGGGGACGGAGAUGUGCCCCAAGAGCGAAGACGUCUGGCUGGAGGCGGCCAGGCUGCAGCCGGGGGACACUGCCAAGGCUGUGGUGGCCCAGGCCGUGCGCCACCUCCCGCAGUCGGUGCGGAUCUACAUCCGGGCGGCGGAGCUGGAGACGGACACGCGCGCCAAGAAGCGGGCCUGGACCCGCCCUGACCAGCACCCCUUCCAGGUGCCCCCCACGCCAGGGGCCUGGGCACCGCCGCUGCUGCUGGCGCUGCUGCUGCUGCGGCCGGGGCUGGGGUUGGGGCCGGCCCCCCGCGAGGCUGGGCGCCCCGCCUGCAGCGUCCCCGCCGUGCUCCGCCACUACCGCGCCGUCAUCUUCGAGGACCUGCAGGCUGCCUUGCUGCGGGGCGCCCAGGGGCUCAGAGGGGCCCCGCCAAGCUCCAGACCCCGCACCUCGGAGCAGAGAGGGCCAGCCGGGGCCGGCGCCUCCUGCAGUGCUCAGAAGGAGCGCAGCAUCCUACUGUCCAUCGUGUCCCUGGGCCAGACCCUGCAGGGGGCAGUGGCCAGGGGCCAGCGCGGGGCACUGGAGAGGGCGGCAUGGACCGUGGCUGUGCGCACUGAGGCUCGGAAGAAGCCCCCGGACCCUGAGACCCCGAGGGCCUGGCGCCCUGCCGGCCGGAGGCGGCUGCUGCAGCGGGCCCUCGCUGCCCUGGCCGCCUGCUGGGAGAAGCUCUUCGCUCUGCGUGCGGAGGCCUCGGCGGGCACCCACUGA